UUCAUUUUGCCCCAUGAUGAUGAACUGUUGCUCUCUAACACGUGUCCAGUUAGAGAUACCACAAUUUGUACUACCUUUAAUAACAAAUUGUUAUCUGAUCAAUUAUAGAUUUUUAGGAUUAACACAUCAUUUCUGAGGGUGUUUGAGAGACGUAUUCAGCGUGUAGGGAAAUUCAAUUCAGUUCCAUUUUGUUUAUUUAACACUUACAAUAGACGUCCUCGCCAAGCUGCUUUAAACAAAUCAGACUGAGAAGUAAACUAAUGCGCUUGGUGAUUAGCUGUAGCACAUCCAAGUAUUGCUAUAAAUCCCAAGUCUUUUCCUGGAAGGCUCUGCUAGCAAUAAAACCAGCCCUCACUAGACUAUAAAAAGUACAAACUCCAUAACCUAUAUUCAUAAUCCGGCCUGCUAGCAUAUGUUAUUCUCAUUAGCUUUGAUUGCUCAUCCUGGGGGGUGGUGUUCAACUUUUCCUGUUUCUUAAAAUAGGCAGAAAUGCCUCACUCCACCAUGCUAAUGUGGCUAAUUAAUGCAAGCUAAGAGCCAAGAAUGCUGUUUUCAUUCAUUGUUAGCAACAUAAGCAUUUUGUUGAAGCCAUCUCUUAAGAUUAAAAGUUAAAACUAAUGACUUUAAACAUGGAUAAAAGACACCAAGCUCAAGUGUGCUAUCUGCUUUGUCUAACUAGUCAGUCGUGAGGUCAAAGAGCACAAUCCGCUGUUGUUAUUGCGCCAAGUCACCAGCAGAUGUCGCUUUCAGGAGGUGUUCCUGAGCGAAGUGAAACUUCUCAUCAGUUUUUCUUCUCUUGCGCUUCAGUUAGAGGAUCCUCCGUGUUGCCAGAGCACAUAAGGAAGCUAUGACAGGCGUACUUUCAAAGAAAACACCUCCACGUCUUCAUCCUUCAUGAGGAUAUUUGGCGAGAAGUGCCAUUCUAGCGGAUUUCGCUGGACGCUGUAGAGGCGAGUGGGAUUUAUCUACAAAGGGAGAGGCUGGCUGGUCUGGUAAGUCCAACCGGUGCAUGUCUCGUUCCUGUGCGUGGAAAUACACGGUUUACUUAUAGGAAAUAAAGGAUAUAGGAGCAGCAGGGCAGCCUUGGGCACCAGAAAAGAGGCUCCGUCCUCUGCACUGACCAUGUGGAGCUUCGCGCCCUAAUGGAGCGCUGCGUAAUUCCUGCCAGUUUGUUCUGUUCCAAGCUUUUUCGAGUGUCCAGCCGCUGGUGGAGAUACCCCAGGGCCAGAAGAAGUGCCAUCGUAGCCGGACUUUGCUUCGUUUACCUCUUUUUCGCCGUGCUUCAGGUUAGUUCCGCCCCAGCUGCUGGUAAAGGGCGCAUUGGCACCGUCCCCUUGCGCCAACACGAUGGUGUCCAUGGCCAGAAAACGGAUGACAAUCCAACACCCACACGCUCCAACGUGGUCUACAUAACCCUGAGGUCCAAACGGCACAAGCCUGCUGUCAUAAGGGCCACAGUGAGGCCCAAAUUGCGCAGGAAGAAAGUGGGGACCUUUGGGAAGCAUGACGCACAGGCGCAUGGAGGUAAAAGCAGACAUGGCCAGGACGCAUGGGCGCCAAAGCGCGCCAAUGCCAGUGACGCUUGGGCCAAAAUCGUACACAAGGGACUGACACUAUACAAAGGGGGCCACUUUGAAGAUGGCGCGGAUGAUCUGGGCAGCUCUAUCAGAAUAUACAGCCAGAAGCCUCCUCCAUGGUUCAGCCAGGAGGACAUGGCCCACAUGCGCCUUCUGGCCAACAGUAAGGUCAGAAAGCUGGAAAGACUGCAGCAUGAAGGCUCUCCGUCCGUCCUUUUGUUCAGGAGUGCAGCUCAGACACAUUCAGAGCACUCAGCAGAGUGCAGCGGAGGCUGCGGUGUCAUCAAGCCGCCGGUGGACAUGAGUGAAGUGUUCGCUUUCCACUUGGACAGGGUGCUGGGACUGAACAGAAGUUUGCCGACUGUGAGCAGGAGGUUCCAUGCACUUGGUGGUCAGCUGUGUCCAGUGACCCUGUGGGACCCCUCUAUCACCCCUAUAUCUGGCCAGUUGACCUGGAGCUCCUACCAAACCUCCCUCAAAUACAAGUGCUGGCAGCGUGGCACUCCGAAGCCAGAAUGGCGCUGCACCAGCAUCCACCACCACGAGUGGAGCAAGAUGGCUCUGUUUGACUUUCUCCUGCAGAUUCACCAGCGGCUGGACAGGAACUGCUGUGGGUUCAGGCCACGCCCGGAGGACAGCUGUGUUGAACUUGGUUACCAUGGCGAAUGUGGGGACAUGGACAAUACUGAACUGUCCACCAUCGUCCACCGCAGACGUGACCCCCAUCGUCUCGUCUUCAUCAACAACAAGGGCUUCUUUGAUCGAGAUGAAGAAAACCUCGACUUUAAACUGCUCGAGGGAAUCAAAGAGCUGCCUGAUGUGGCUGUGGGUGUGCUGAGCUCUCAGCGUUUGAGGGAAAAGCUCCUGCAGUCUCUGUUCCUGGAUCAGCUGUACUGGGACAGUCAGGGCGGCCGGCAGGGCAUCGAGAAACUCAUCGACGUCAUCGAGAGACGGGCCAAAGUUUUACUCAGAUACAUCAAUGCCCACGACAUCAAGGUCAUUCCCAUGAACAAAUGAGGAUUCAGAUGAAGAGGACACUUAUUUUAGUCUAUAAAUAUUCUGCGUUGUUUUGUUUUUUUCGGUUCCAGCUCAGUGUGCUAUAAAAGAGGGAGAACGCUUCCUUCCAUUGGUUUACAAACAUCAUCCUUAAAGCCUGAAGUAGAUGCGUUUCAGUCUGUGUACAGGAAAUCACCUAACAAAAACUGUCCUUUUUCUCAUCGUAUCAGUAGCUGGGUUUCCAUCCAUGUUAUUUGCAUUUUGAUAUUUCAAAUAAAAAUAAAAUUUCAUCAGUGGAAACGACACAUAUUGGAUAAAAUCUCCCAAACUUGGGGUGGAUACAAGUUUUUUGCUGCGUUAAACUGCUGAAUAAAUAACAUAAGUGCUAACUGAAUAAAGUCACAUGACUUAUCAGGUGACUGUGAUGCCCAGCCGUAGCUACGAAAUGUUGCAGAAGGCAGGGACUAAUGAAGAAAUUAAAACAUACGUAAUCAGAUAAUGGAAAAACUCCAGGUCUGCAUAAGUCUGACAAUAAUUCAAUUUCUGCUUUGCAACCAGCCAAUGAACUCACAGAAGAAGACAUUAUGUAAAUGUAACGUAAAACUCAAACUACAUGCC